UCACCGCCUCAGACAGCAGAGCUUGGAUGGAUCAGAUGAUGGAGGAGACAUUCCUGUUAUUCCGGAUCUGGAAGAAGUACAGGAAGAAGACUUUGCUUUGCAGGUGGCCGCCCCUCCCAGCAUCCAGGUAAACCGGGUGAUGACCUUCCGUGACCUGGACAAUGACCUCAUGAAGUACGCAGCCUUCCAGACCUUGGAUGGAGAGAUCGACCUGAAGCUACUCACCAAAGUCCUUGCACCAGAGCAUGAGGUCCGAGAGGAUGACAUCAGCUGGGACUGGGACCAUCUGUACACUGAGGUGUCCUCCGAGCUACUCACCGAGUGGGACCUGCUGCGGGAGGAGCCUGUGGGACAACCCGUGCAUCCCUGAGCCCUGGGGGGUCAACAGCCUGCUCUCCCCGCACAGAGUAAUUUCUGCUUUGGACUUGAAAAAAAUGCCAUAAGCCUAAACCUAAAGAAGAUUGCAAGCAGCUUAGAAUUUUUUAAUGGAAUAUUUUGUAAUAAAAAUACUGUUUUCAGUAGACCACAUUGGAGCAUUCGUUGUAAUAAAUUACUUUAUUCUGUGGC